AAAUUAAAUAAUUAAAUAUUUUUUUUUAUUUUUUUUAUAAAAUGUUAAUGUCGGGACUGAUCGAUUAGUGUACGAGAUAUCCGGAGCUAAGCGAUAAGUCCGAAAAAACGGAAAAAGUAAGUAAGAUUGCCCGUUAGCUAAAACGACUACAUUAGAAUCCGGUUAUAAUGACGCCCAAGGCAUCGUCGUUAUAUCUGGAAGACGCUAUAACCAUAUAGAUUUACUCAAAUAAUUUUUUCGUACGGACGGACGCUUCAAGGGGAGUCGGAAAGUGAAUUUCGUAAGUGACCCUAAGAAGGUUUCAGCAUCGACAAACAGCGGGAUAAGACGUCUCCACUACUAAAUGAAUCUAACACUGAAGAUCUUUCGGACGGACAGAUAAACAUGGCUAAAUUUACACCGCUCGUCGCACACGCCCAGAAUACAUAUAAAUUAUUACCGUGGCCUUUUCGGUCCGUCACAUACAUUGUGACAAAACAAUUACACCCGGACUUCCCAUUUACAGAGUACACAGGGUAUAACGUAAAUAGAUACUCACAGCGUGAUUCAUUCGCAGGGUGAAUCAUUCAACAACAAAAUCUAGACUUGGAAAUUUAUAUAUUUGCUCUACAAUAAAUGUAGUCUUGCAAUCUGCCAAUCUUUUCUUUCCUAAUAUUAAAUAAAAUUUAUUCGUCGACUGCAUUUAUGCUGCAUAGUACGUAGAUUAGAUAAGACUUAGAUAAGUAUUUUGGUGAGCGACUAUUUAUUAAAUAAUAUAUAUUAUAAUAUAUCUUAUGCAUUAAUAUAUUCAUUAAAAUAUAUUAUGCUAUAUAUUAUAAUUUGGUGUCCCCAGAUUCAAUGGGUUUCAAAUUAUAACUGUUAAUAACAAUCAAGCAAUGUUAAGUGCCUUCACUCAUAGCACAGAGUAAUUCAUAAUGCAAAUGGAUCCAUAACUCAGAUUACAGUUUCCAGGGUAUCUGCUAGUUGCGAGACCCAUUUUUAACCAAUAUGCUGUGAAUUCUUUAGUCUCAACGUUUAUUUCGUUAGCAAACGUAGCCAGAGCCAGCGGCUGCGUAACGUCGGCAAUGUUUAACGAGUCAACACGGAAUAAUAUGUGGGGCGAGGGGGCAGAGCGAGGAGCAGGCAAAAAGCAGUCGACGUGCUGCCUAAACGUUUGCCCGUUGGCUAUUAAAGCUUUGGAGCUGCCAACAGAAUGAUUUGUGUAUCAAGUGAGGCAACAGCAGCAGCCGCCGCAGCCUCAGCGCCUACGUAAGUUCAAUUGUUAUCAGUGUCGUGUGUAAAACAGCAGCGGGAGCAAGAGCCAGAGCAACCAUGUCACCGGCUAACAGCGGGCCAGGCGAGCAGGUCAAGGCGAGGGCGGGGGCGAGGCAGCCGCCGAAGGCCUGUAGGGGGUGCAGUGGGCUGCAGCCUGGGUCUGGCCUCGUGGAUGUGGAGGAUAUAGGCAACCUGGGCCUGGAGAGGCUCAGGCGCAAGGCGAACAUUGCUCAGCAAAUGUUGACGGAUGUUAUGGAGCAGCUAACAAAGCUGCAGCCGAGCCACAGGCAUCCCACGGAAAGCAAACAAAAAUUUAAUUCUUUAAGACGAUUUAAUCGAAGGAGUAUCAACUUUUGUUUCUUUAAUUCAAGUAGUGUUCCAUGCUAAAUGAAAAAAAAAAAAAAAAUGAAAUAUAUAAUUGAUUGGGAAUUACUUUAUAACAGAACAUUUGAAAUAAUUAUAUUCCGUUUGGCUUACUCAGAAACGGGCAAUUACUUUAUAACAGAACAUUUGAAAUAAAUAUAUUC